AUGUCUGGGCAAGCUGACAGAAAGCCAGUUAUAUCAGAGGAAGCCUUCCAGUAUUUGUGGAGUAUGGUGGGCGACGCGGUAGAGGAGAGCAGUAUGCAGCAGAUCACAAUGUCUUCUCUAGGAGAUUUACACUACUCCCAGGAAAACGACUCCGAUUCCAGUCUAGAGGACGAAAAAUACCUGAUCCCUGCGGAAGAGGACAUUUCUGACCUGCUCAGUCCAAUCAUACCAGAGAUCAGCAUGAGUCCUGAUAGUCAGUCUCCAACAGUGGACAGCUCGGUAGCCAGUCCUUCUCAGCAUUCUCCACCACCUAUUAGUCACAGCCAGUCUCCUGUACACAGCAUACCUUCUGACACAAACUACCCUGGUGAAUAUGGCUUUCAAAUUACCUUCACUCCACCACUAAAAGAGACAAAGUCCACAACCUGGACAUACUCCACCGUGCUGAAGAAGCUGUAUGUGCGUAUGGCCAGCUCCUGUCCUAUCCAGAUGAAAACUACCAGAUCCCCUCCCCCCGGGACCGUGAUCCGUGCCAUGCCUCUGUUUGUCAAACCUGAACAUGUCCAAGAGGUUGUCACUCGCUGCCCUAACCAUGCCACAGCCAGAGACCACAACGAGAACCACCCAGCACCCACACACCUUGUUCGCUGUGAUCACCAGUAUGCCCAGUACCAGGACAACCCUUACACUGGGCGUCAGAGCGUGGUCAUCCCGUAUGAGAGUGCUCAGGCCGGCUCAGAGUGGGUUGUCAAUCUGUACCAGUUCAUGUGUCUCGGGUCCUGCGUCGGGGGUCCCAACCGACGACCGCUGCAGGUUGUUUUCACGCUGGAGAAAGACAAUGUUGUGCUGGGUCGUUUCUCUGUGGAAGUCCGCAUCUGUGCCUGUCCAGGGCGAGACCGUAAAGCUGAGGAGCGACCACAGGGUGCAGUGAAGAAGUCAGUCAGCAAACAUAAUCCAUCCACAGCUGAGAUCGCAACCAUUGCUCGUCAAAAGAGGAAGCUAGAAGGAAGCGAGGAAGAUGCCUUUACGCUGACAAUCCGUGGCCGAGAUAAUUAUGAAAUGUUGUGCAGAAUCCGUGACUCGCUGGAACUUGCUUCCCUGAUGUCGCAGUCUCAGGUGGACUCGUACAGACAACAGGCUGUAUCUGUGCAGUGUCAUCAGCUAGUACAGAAUGGGCAGCCCAACAAAGUGUACAUCCCAUCUCGCAGCAGCCUUCAGAUCACACAGUGACACUAGUCUACCCUAACAAAGUGCUCAAAUUAUUCACCCGUUCAC